UAUUCAUUUCCCGGGCUAGGCGUCAUGUGGAACUGUUUGAGAAACUUUGUCACUUCGUUUUGUACCGAAAGUUCGGUUCAUGGCGUCAAGUAUUUAAUUAAGGAUAAAAAUACUCUUUCGAGAUGCUACUGGUGUGUGAUGCUCAUCUUCGCCCUGUACUGCUGCGGACAGUUCUCCAUACUGCUCUCGGCCCGUUUCCUGGAGAUACCCAUCAGGAUGACCAUCAAGAACGGCCAGGCCCUCACAGAGAAGCUCCCGUUGCCUUCAAUCACUUUUUGCUCUGAAAAACCCCCUGAUCAGUGGUAUGAAAAGUUCCUGGAUGAAGUGAAAAUUCCUCCCGAGUACACCAAAGAAACAGUAUGGGAAGCCAUGCGUCUGGGCGUCAGUAAUCUGACUCCACUGUAUAUCCAGCAUCAACAACCACUGAACGUCACGCUUAUGAACAUGCUGGAUCAUGUCCUGGAUUAUAAUCACAUUACGACUCGCGAGUUCGUCUCGCGCGUAUCUGUGCCCUGCGACGUGCUGUUGAGUCGUUGUGAACUCAGAGGCAUGAAAAUGCCGUGCGCGGAUCUUUUCCAACGUGUCAAUGGACAAUGCUGCCGGUUCUAUGAUGAUCCAGAAACGUUCGUAUCAUCAGGAAACGUCUUCAGCAACAAUCUCAAGGUCGUAACCACCAUGGACUACGGUGACGCUUACGUCAUGGUCCACAGACCACUGUCAGAGCCGCUGAUAGACCAGUCAUCGUUCUCGAUGGCCAAUGGAUACUAUAUCAUGUUCUAUAUAGAUCCGGUAAGGAUUGAAAAGUCGGAGGAAGUUCAUGAAAUGGAGGAGGAAGCAGGAGUAUGCGUCCACCCCGACGAGCAGGAGCUGCGUUUCUUCGACUCGUACGACUACUUCAACUGUGCAGUGGAAUGGAUCAUCAACGCCAGUAUGGCUGUGUGCGGCUGCGCGGCCACCUAUACACCUGCGCCUGAUCAGUACACUUGCAACUUUACUGGGAUGAAUUGUUUAAGGAAAUAUUCUACUCUAAACAGGAUGACCUACGGCCUCCCAAUACACGAACAUUUAUCAGACCUGGCGGCGGCGAAAGGUAUAGAGAUGCAAACCUGUCCAGAAGUGUGUACGUAUACGAUUUACACGAGGAAUUUCAAGCCCAGGACACUGGUGCCGGAAUAUGACUGUACGGGGUUUUUAAGUGGCGUGGAUCCUAAGAACGCGUACGUCGUGCAUUUCACUUACGAACGACAGUUCUAUAAAAUACAAGAAUUCGUCCUGAUCACCGAUUGGAUUACAUUACUAAGUAACCUAGGCGGAGUUUACGGUCUCUUCCUAGGCUGCAGCAUGCUCACUCUAGUAGAACUCGUGUUCUAUCUCUGGUCCUGCGUCGUCAGCAAAAUGUGCGAGAACCGUGUCCAUACUUCUGAACACCGCAAAAUAUCGGCGGAGGAAACUGAUAAAAAAAGCAAAAUAUCGGUGGAGAAAACUUAUCGAAACAGCAAAAUAUCGGUAGAGGAAAGUCGUCAGCAAGAUUUGCCGGAGCCGUUAAAAUUCUAUAACUGA